UGAAUUCGCUCACAGUUUCAGAAGCUGCUUUCAUCCAGUUCAGCAGACAUGGGGGCUCUUUCUAAGGAGUAUAGCUUUGUGGUCCUGACUGACACUGCCAGUUUUAUCAUGGUGAUGCACCUGGUGUAUAAUGUUGGCAAGGCGCGCAAGAAGUACGCUGUGGAAUAUCCCAAAAUGUACAGCGAAGACAGUGAAGAUGGGAACAUGUUCAACUGCGUUCAGCGGGCCCACCAGCACACGUUGGAGCUUUACCCAGCAUUCCUCUUCUUCCUGUCGAUUGGUGGCAUUCAGCACCCUCGUAUCGCCAGUGCCCUGGGUCUGACGUGGAUUGUUAGCCAGGAGAUCUAUGCCUAUGGAUACUACACGGGUGACCCCCACAAGAGAAAAAUAGGCUCCUUUGGGUUUUUGCCACUCCUGGGCCUGAUGGGUCUUUCGGUCUCCUUUGCUGUGAAACAUCUUGGCUGGAAGCAUUGCUGCUAA